AUGCAGAUUUCCGUACUGGUAGCAAAACUUGAAGCCGUAUACGAGCGUCUAGAUGACCUUCAACAAGCUCUUGAUUCGAUAGGCAGCGCAUCCACGGGAGUUGGGGCAAUGGAUAAGCAGCUAUCCGCGAGGCGGGCGCAGCUACUUGCUCUGUAUGCUAAGAUAGACAAAUUAGAGGUAUUCAUGCGCGUAGUCAAGGAGACCGUAGUGGAGAUGACGUAUGCGAUGGAAAGCACUGAGAGGAAGCAUGCGGCGCGCAAAGCUCUGACCGCCCCUGCGGCGAAAUCUAAUAAAUUCAUGGACUUUAUUGGCCGAGCCAUGCAAUCCACCGCAACUCGGGGGCGUGAUUCCGAGCCCUUGGGACCAAUAGUCGUCCCAGAAGUGUGGACCACAGAAAAUUACUUUACCCCGAGCCUCACGGCUGAUUAAGACUAGCAUCCGAUGUGUUUGAUUGUUAUUUGAGAUGGGUUUACCGCGUUGGUUGGCUAGGGUGGAUGACAUAUAAACUGGCAUAGAAGUUUGUGUUUGUGAAGGUACAAAACCUAGCGAAUGCGCGAACCCACAGCGGGUCAAAUUCUCGAAGAAUAUCCCAACACGCUAUCAUAAGACUUGAUUAUAGAUACAUGCUUACGAAAUGCGUAUAAUACUACAUAUCAGCAGACGGUAUACGGUGAAUUAUAGUUUUUAUUAAAGUUAUAAUUGAUGUAUUCACAGAAAGAUCAGACACAAUCCGCGAACUAUGUUCGCGCUUGGUAUGCGAAACAUUCGGUUCACACCAAGUCCACCGCCACAGUGUCCUCUCAGCCACCUCGCCCUUAAACUACUAUUUGUUUCGGAUGGCGUUUAGAAGUUUCUGGGAAUUUCUUUUCCACCGUUACAAUCUGGGGAAGCACAAUACCAGCGAAUCCGAGAGCUGCACAAACUAGCAGAACUACGAUGCCGAAGGCCUGAUAUCCCAUGAUGUAACCUCCGUAUCCGCUAUCGAUUCCAAAUUUGUUAAAUUUCAACGCCAACAAGAAAGCUACCAGAGGGGUGACAAAGAACUUCAGAGCGAGACCCCAGAUAGCAGGAAGCUUCCAGUUGUCCUUUCCAGUUCCUCUAGUAAGAACUUCAUUCAAAUCGAAGAUAAGCACACCCAGUCCGUGGUAUGAAGCUGUCUUGAUACCCUUCAUAAAUCCAACUUGAGAAAACGUCCCACAUAGAACAAACCCGAUCGCUAUGAUUGCUAGCGCUGGUAGAAUACUGGCCAACGCAAGAUAUCCGAGCCCAAGAUCAGUACUGUUUCCGACCGAGAUGCCAAUAGUUGCGAACGCAAGGAAGCCACCGAGACAACCUAGCUCAAGGGCAAGCAUAGACUUCGAUCCAACAAUUUCAGCUGCGUCAUUGCGUUUAUACACCCAUCCAACGACAAAUGCCUCAGUGAAACCUACAGCCAGCAAACCAAUAUUGAUAUAUGCGUCUACGACAUCCAGCAGAUACAAUCCCCAACCGAAGCAGUAAAGUGUAGCCAGAGCCAUACAAGCCGUGACAAUAAAUGCUAGGAGAGGUAAAGGUCCAAGGCGAUCGAACAAUCUCACCUCGCGAAGGUUGCCGAAGAUCGACUCGGUAAGGGCGAACGCACUAUCAAUUCCAAGCAUGAAUACGGUGAAGAAGAACAAGAUACACAUGACAUUGCCCCACCAGCCAGAAGUGAGUGAUAGUGCACUUGGAUAGAGAAUAAAGAUCAAGGAAGGACCGCCCAGGACUCCCUGCAGCUCAUCCCAUGUCAAACCAGUUUCAUACUUGAAGUGACCAGCUACCAAGAAUACGGCGAACCCGGCGACAAAGGAGAAACUUGAAUUCAGCAUAGCGACAACGAUACCGUCCUGAACAAUGUUCUGCUGUCUACCAUUGUGACUCGCAAAGGCGGACAUGAUUCCUGUGCUAAUACCGAGACUGAAGAAAAUCUGUCCGAAGGCAUCCACCCAAAUCUGCCCAUUCUCCAAUACACUCAUAUCCCAAGUUCCAAUAUAUUUGACAACACCAUCGCCUGCACCGUCAAGAGUCGCCCCAUAGAUAAUCAGCACAACUAAAGUAAAGACGGGUAGCAGCACGGUAAACCACACGGCCUUACCCACAACCGCUACACCCUUGAAUAGAAUUAGGAAGACUGCAGCCCAAACUACGAACGUUCCCAAGAAGAGAAACCAAACAAACUCGCCCAACUCAACCACUGCCGCAUCGUUCAAGUGCAGGAUGUCAUCGUAAAAAUAGUUAGAGGGAACAGUAAUCAUCUCGGACGGAGGCAAACCGCGAGCAGACCACGGCAUAGGUGUGUAGAAAGACUGAAUCAAGUAAACAUUACUCCAUCCUAUGAUCACCGAAUAAUAGGUAACAAUGAUGAAGCAGAUCCACAGUGCGGCAAUGCCCAUGCCGACGAAUCGCUCGUUCAGAUUGCCAAACGACCUGCACAUUGCUUGCUGACAGUAUUGAGAGAGCGUCAUCUCAAGCAAAGUGAGCGGAAUGCCGGU